AUGAGCACUUCUGAGUUGAAAUACUUUGGCCAAGACAUUCUCAUUGCUUAUUUAAAAGAACGAAAAAGUAAAUCCUACCGUGGGUUUUUAAAUUUACACUAUGAUGACAUGAUCACUUCCUCAUCAUCAUUCUCAGACUGGAAGAAUAUGGAUAAUUAUUGGGCAUUCAAAUUUCUAAGAGAAGCAGAGAGCCUUGGGCUGGAUUUAAAAAAAAAGGUAAAAUCAGAGCGUUCAGAAAAAUGGGUGAAAAUAUACUGGGAAGGAAUUUUUAAAGAACAUAAAAAGUCAAUUGGUAUAUCUAGUCCAGUUUUUAACACAUUUAGUCCAGCUUCUACUAGUGAAGUCCAUAAUUUAAGAAAGAGGAAAACCAUAGAUUAUAAUGAAAAUCAGAUGACAAGAAAGAAUAUAAGAAGACAAUUCAUCCAAUCUGCAGAUGAUAAAGUCAUCCAGUCUAUUCAAUCUAAAGCUGAUCAAUCCACUCUAUAUGCAAAUGAUGAAGAGUUUAUCUAUAAUAAUGAAAAUGAGAAUGAGCAAGAAAUUGAUAACUUAACCAAUUUUGAUCUUAUUUAUCAUAGCUUAGACCCAGCAAAAAUGUGGACUCUUAAAUCUUCUGGUCGUAUUGUUGAAAAAGUAAUUUAUAAAUAUGCACAAAAUUUACCAUAUGAAUCAUGUUUACAUUCCUUUAUUAUUAAUGAUGUUGAUAAAGAAGCAGAAUCUUUAUUUCAAAAAGAAGAGUGGGAGGAAAUAUUUUCCUUUAACUUGCAAAAAGUACCAAAAAUUGAUAAAUCACUUACUGAUCUUAUGAAAAAGUAUUCUAUUACUGACUUAUCCUCAUUUCAAAAAAUCAUUUUUGAACCUUUUUUACCUGCUAAUACCUUAUAUUCCAAUAAGGAACAUUUUGAUUUAAAUUAUAUUCAUCUUGCAUACAGUAUAAUACACACACUUUGGGAAAAUGAAGAUUUCACUUUAGAUUUAUCAAGAUUAGAAGAAUGGUAUCAAUAUAAUAUAUGGAGUCCCCUUAUUGAUUCAGCAUUUCAUAAUUCAAAGAUCAAUUUGGUAUGGGGAGAAGGUAUUAAAUGCACAGCAUCUAAUGAUAGAAAAAAUAAUAAAAGUUGUGAUGGAAUUUUUAGAUUAAAAGGGGACAGAUUAGAAAUUGGAGGAAUUGAAGCUGGGAGAAAAUGGGAGGGAAAAAAUGGAAGAAAAUAUCUUCAAGAUUGUUUGAAAUUAAGUAAAAUGCUUAGAGAUAUGCUGGUACAACUUGUAAAAGAAUGUAAUGGUGAUGAACAAAUUAUUAGAAAAUUACAAACUGUUGGAAUGUUACAUAAUGCUAAUCAAUUUCAACUUCUUACCAUGGAUAUUCCAAAUGGAUAUAUAUGUCGAAUUAAAUGUUUUGACAUUCAGGAAGUUGCUGGCCAGAUAAAUAACCCUCCAUUAGCAUUUGUAAUAAAAGAUAUAUUAAGGGCAAAAGCCAUUAUGACACAAACAUUAGAAUUAGUACAAGAAAAGAAAUCCAAUCUUGAUGAUCUUGAUGACUUUGAUAAUGAUGGAAAUGAAGUUAAUAGAUCAGAACAAUAUACAACUUAUUAA